AUGCACCUCCCAGACGAAAUUAUUGCGGAGAUUCUAGGCCCGGCACUCAGGGUCCCAGACGAGCUGUUCUCCGACACCUCUCCGAACUCACCGUUUUCUAAAUACCGCACCUCCACCUCUGCGUACCUUCUCGUCUGUCAGAGCUGGCUAAGAGUCUCCACCCCACUCUUGUACAACACAGUAAUUGUUCGCAGCAAGGCUCAAGCAGAUGCUUUAAGCCGUGUGUUCAAGAAACAUCCAGAAUUUGGGCUCUUCGUUAAACAGCUUCGGGUUGAGGGAGGAUAUGGCGUUGCGAUGCAGCACAUCCUGCAGGCCACCACCAGGCUCGCAGACCUCUUGCUUUGUUUCCAUAUAUGGUCUGGAGAUACAGUAAUUGGUCUCACCCGCUCUUUGCCGUUGGUCAACCCGCGCCGGUUCAUCCUUUUCGACAUGUUCCUCUAUGGGGUCCGCACGCGGCAAAGUCAGGCCCUUGUCAACGCAGUGACGGAAUGUAUGAAGGAAAAAUGGAAUAGGCUCACCGUAUUCGAAUUUCCUGAAGCUGCGAUUGAUGGUAGUCCCUUGCUCUUACCAUUUGCGGAUACGCUGAAAGAGGUGUCGAGUCUGGAGAAGGUGGUCAUUCCUAUGGAACGGUUCUUCGGCACAGAGCCACAGGAAUAUAUACUCACUGUUGCCCAAAACAUGUCGCUCAAGAGAAUCGAGUUCAAAGCCGCCAACACCAAAGAGAACAGAGCGCUUUUGAAGAGUAAUCCUGAAUUCAUGGGGCAUCCUGGUCUUCGAGGGCUGCUGAAACUACCUGAAGCAGAAGAGCUCGAGGACGACGCAGGAAUCACUGCAGGACCACUUCUGUGCUUCAACACCGAGCUAGUACCUGAUACAGUCUGGCAAGAAAUAAUUGAUUGUGCACUCAUGGUCAAUUUACGUGCACCCGACUUUCAAGCACGACAGGCAUAUAUGGGUAUCGUCCUUGCCUGCAAAAGGUUUGCUAGGCUUUCACAACCUAUCCUUCAUGACACCGUGGUUAUCUCCGACAAGUUUGAUCUAUCAGACCUUGAAAACCACAUUUUGAGAGACCCUAGCCUUGCUUCCGCUGUUUGGGCAUUGCAUUUUACUUUGGACUACGACACGCCAUUCCCUCGCCAGCUCUACCGAAAGCUCGGGCCUGCACUCAUAUCAGGUAUCCAUAUAACUGUGCCGAGCCUCAAGGCGCUCGCUAGACAUUUUGGCUGCUCUUUGAGAGAAAUAGCCAAGAUGAAAAUCGCGAAAUCGCAGGAGUUGGUCCCGUUUGAUGUGUUUUCUGACAUGCGCGAUCUUCGCUGGCUCGGACUCUCAAGUAGAGCGUCAUUCGCAACGGACUCCAUCAAUGCUAGCGCCCUAGCCCAUUUGCAUACCCUGAACCUCUUGGACGUGGAUGCAACUGCACUCGAUGUUUUUUGUGUCACAGACCUCCCUAAUCUGAGGAAUUUUACUUUCUCGACCCAAGUCAAAAAGGACAUAAUUCCUGCCAAUGAAGCAGCUGUCCGCUUUCUCCAGAAGCAUGGCAAGAAAAUAGAGGACCUAGAUAUCCAUUAUCUCUGCGUGAACUCCUGUCCCCUGCUCGACCUGUGUCCUCGUCUGGAGAGCCUGAUCGUCGUGUGUGGCAAAAACAUUCCCAUCAUCAAUUGCCUGGCUACUAGACGCACUCACAUUCUGCAGAAAAUCGGGUUUGACGUCGAAUACCAGGCAAGCGCAUCCAAGAAAUGGUCCUCGUUGCUUCGUGCCCUGGAAGUCGACAAGUUGACUUCACUAGAGGGAAUUAUGAUACCAACAAUCCAGUGGCCAACAAACGAACAUGACAUCUCAAAAUCUAUUGGAUGGGAGUCUGGUUGGAUGGAGGAAGAGGCUUGGGGGUCGAAGAAGUAG